CAUUAUAUUUUUGUCGCAAGUAAGAUUCACGUUAAACUUUCCAAUUAGAUAUUUUUUUUUUAAAAAUAAUUCUUUUUAUCUUUCUUUCAACAUCAAGCAAUUUAUAGCCCCCAAGAAACAAACAAGUUUCUCACUCUUUCAGCUGACCCAAAGUUUUUGAUUGAUUCCCAUAUUUCCAUUUCUUGAAACUUUUCUAAGAAAUUCCCAAAAAAUAUGAUCCAUUUCUGAAAUCAAUCAUUCUGUUUUCUUGGUUGUUUGGGUAUUGAGGGAUUCGAAUUUCCACUUUCUUUCCUUUUGAAAUUUAAAGUUGCAAUCUUUUCAGUGUAUUGCUAAUUGGGGUUUUUCUUGAUUUGGGUCACUGUUGAAAAAAAAUAUCAAAAAGUUCAUUUUUUGAGAUUUUCUUGAAUUUGGGUCUGAUGGGUCUUGGCCAAAAUUGAGUCUUUUAUUCAUCUAAGCUUUUGAUCUGUUGGCUAUUCUUGGAAGUUUUGAACCCUUGAUUGUUCUUUGGUGGAUUAAUGAGAGUUUGAAGUGUGAAUUGAUCAUUGUGAGAGAUUGUUCCAAUGGCUUUAAAAGAGUUGAUUGAGAUCAAGUUCAGGCUUGCUGAUGGCAGUGAUAUUGGACCUAACAAGUAUACACCUAGCACCACAGUGGGUUCUCUUAAAGAAAAGAUAAUUGCACAGUGGCCCAAAGAAAAAGAUUCUGGGCCAAAGACGAUAAAUGAUGUGAAGCUUAUUAAUGCCGGAAGGAUACUUGAGAACAAUAAAACACUUGGUGAAUCAAGACUUCCAGUUGCUGAAGUUCCAGGAGGUGUCAUCACUAUGCAUGUCGUUUUACGCCCACCUAUGAAUGAAAAAGCCCGUGAUAAACUGCAGGAUGAUUCCCUGAAGAAAGGCGGGUGUGCAUGCAUAAUCUUGUAAUCCGUCUAACCUGAUAACAGAAUUACUCCAGUUUAGUAAUAUUCCUUAUCUCAUGGAUUUUUCAGUAGCGGAUCUUUGGAUGCAUCCAAGAAGAUAUCAAAUGACAAAAUUUGAACUCAAUUAUCAUUCAAGCUCUUUGCUUUUUACCUUUAGAUUUCAGCUUGGCAAACUUGCUUAGAUGGCUAAAAGGAAUUUGGUGAAUUGCUGUGUAGGAACUUCUGUGGAAGUAUGAAAAUAUUUCUUUCCUUUUCGGGUGGGUAAACAAGGGAACAAGAAGAACAAAAGAAUUGUUGAAGAUUAUAGUUGGUUUGAUUUCAUUUAAUUUGCAAUCCUAUAAUUACUACUCGUGAAGAACUUAAAAAUUCAGGCAUGUGUACUUUGUUGUUGUUACUCUAUUUUUUCUGUUAUUGAUGCUCCAAUGACUAUGGCAUCAAAUUCACCAUACCAAUUUAUAUUGUUUAUGUUAUUUUCCAAGUUAUUUGAGCAAA